AGGUUCACCGAGCUCCCUCUUUCCGUCUCUCCUUGCACCCCUUUGCCAUGUUAACAGCACCCAAAGCAGCAGAAUAUGCCCGCAAACACAGUGUCAAGUCAAGAAAGGGAGCAGCAACAAAUAAAAAGACCACCAGCGCUCGACAAAGGAAGCAAAUGCCACAGAAUGGAAAUUAUCAAAAAGAUUUUCAGACACACAGCCGAAGAGCAAAGUCACUUAGAAACUUGGAAUUGAACCAUGGAACUUCAUAAGUUUCUGGGAGCAGACAAGAAAUAUCAUCUUAAAACUGCAGCUCUUGCCAGCACAUUUUUCUUUACAGUUAGCUUUUGAUGCCAACUCCAUUGAAAUGUUAUUUUUGAUGUUGAGUUUUCUUCUCUUAGAAGCACAUUGCACAGCUACAUUUUGAUAAGAAAAAAACGUGUGCAUCUUAUGUCACUUCAUUGUGACUGGAAUACUUUUGGAAAAUUCAGAGAGUAUAUAGUGUUUCUGUGUCAGAGCUAGCUGGCUUUGUAGCAUAUUUUACAAAUGUGUAGCAUUGAAUAUUGCACGGUGGUGGAGUAGGAGUCAGUUUUCCAAAGUUUUAAUCCAAAAUAAAAUUGAUAUGUCAUUGAUUGCCUUUACUAUGUUCACAUAUGGGAAAAAAUUCAAAUCAUUUCAAUAAAGCAUUAAAAGAAAAAUGCGUGCAGGCUUGCUCUCAGCAGAAUAUAGGGACUACUAGGAAAAGAAAAUGUUAUAGGUUUUUGGUACCUUUCCAAAAAUGCUGGUUAGGUGCGUGGCUUAGCCUGUCAAUGUAUGUAAUAGCAAUUUGAUAAAAUGAAUGUCGGUACAGAUUAUACCUUUCUUAAGGUUUUGGUGAAUCAUCUUUCUGCAGAACAGUUUUCAUUGGCAUGUGCAAAAACACGCAUUGGGUUUGUUGACUUCUGCUGAAAAUAGUGGUGUGUUCCCAUGUGGGCUUGUGGCUGGGGAUACCAAUGCAGACUUUUCACACUGAGUUUAAUUACGGUUGUGACAGAUUUACCAGUAGACCUUCAGCAUUAGACAAAGGAGGGUAUCAGUGACCUGAGGUCCCUGCAUACACUGCCAGAUGUCCAGCAUCAUAAAACUUUGCCCAGUUUUCUUUUGUCUAGCUCUGCUAGUUUUGGGGAAAUUUUUUUUCUUUGUGGCUAUUACUGUCUCUCCUUUCACCAUCUCUAUAUUUGCUUUAUGUGCUGCCUGAGGAUUUUCACAAAUGGCAUUGUGAACAUACUUCUGGCUGUGGUUGGAGACACUUUUAGAGUCCCUCCAUGGGUCUGAAGCACAAAAGUAUUCAAUUUCAUUUUUCUACGUACAUAUGAGAUGACGAAAGAUGAUCUGGGGUUUGGAAUUUUCCUCUACCCCUGCAUAUCUGAGGAGUACUUCUAAAUCAAUAGGUUGGCAGCGAUGGUUAAUGCUCUUCAGGCAGUCACUGGGGUUCAAUGAAACAGUGACACUUUGGGGAGAGAAAACACAGGCAAAUUGUGCUAGUUUUAAAAACAAAAAGCAGCCCUAAAAGAUAGGUGGCAGGGGCAGGGGAAUGGAAGGAUCCUGUGUAUUUUCCUGCUCUUUGAAUGUCUCACAGACUCUCGAGAAAUCUCUUUAUUUUCAGCUAAAGAUGUGUUUAAUCUCAAGACAAAAUAUACCUAUUUCCAAAAUUUACCACUUUUACCAGCAACUCAAAGUCAUACAUUUAAAAAUUGAUUUUAUUAUUUUUCAUCUCAUUAAUGUAACAUAUAUUUAUAACAGGAAACUAAGGGAAUAGAAAGCAGAAAAACAAAAAAAUUAAAACAUAAAAUUAGGACCUAUAAUCUUGCCAUUCAUUGAUAACCAUGAUUGACAUGUUGAUGUAUAUACACAGUUCUAAUCUUUUUUUCCCUACAUAAACAUAUGCAAAAUCUUUUUUAUCAAAUCCAUAUCACACUGAUGAAGUAAUUUAAGAAAUGUAAUUAUCUUUCAAUUGGAAAAUUUUUUAUUUGGGAUAUUUUGUUGCCCCUUUGCACUUCGAGUUUUUCUGGAACUCAUAUAAUUCUCAUGAGUUACCUCCGAUGGAACCACCAACCUCCAUCUCAGCAGUUUCCAUAGGCAAACAUUGCAAAAUGCUGGGCAUGUAAUGUAUUUCCAGCGAGCUGCAUAGGAUGAGAAGUGCGCCCUUUGUCUCCAAGGUCAUAAUGGCUCUGCUGACUUCAAUGCCUUUCACUGGAGCUAGUGAGGACAACUCGAAAAUGCCAGAGAGAAUGAGAGCCCCCUGCCCCAUGAUCUCAAAUGGAAAAAAAAAAGAGAACACAGAAAUCCCUUUACGCACUACCCCAGGUCCCUUUUGUGUUGUUCUUGCCAACACAGCAGCCGUCCUGCUAUAUAUACCAGCUGCCACACUUGUCCCCAUCACUCUGGACGCUGACCAUCGCUGUCAACAACCAUGGGGAAGGUGAGCCAAUCAAGUGCCAUAUCAUGUCUACCGAGUGUCUGCUGUGUGUGGGGAUGUACCUUCCAGCUGACUGUCUGCUGUCACCUUAUUUUCCACCGCAGAUCACCUUCUACGAGGACCGGGGAUUCAAGGGCCGCUGCUAUGAGUGCAGCAGCGACUGCCCCAACCUGCAGCCCUACUUCAGCCGUUGCAACUCCAUCCGGGUGGACAGUGGCUGCUGGAUGCUCUACGAGCGCCCCAACUACCAGGGCCACCAGUACUUCCUGCGGCGUGGCGAGUACCCUGACUACCAGCAGUGGAUGGGCCUCAGCGACGUGGUCCGCUCCUGCCACACAAUUCCUUAUACCAGCUCUCACAGGCUAAGGCUGUACGAGAGAGAUGACUACCGAGGCCUUGUGUACGAGCUCACUGAGGACUGCCCUGGCAUCCACGACCGCUUCCGUCUCCACGAGAUCUACUCCCUCCACGUGCUGGAGGGCUGCUGGGUGCUCUACGAGAUGCCCAACUACCGCGGAAGGCAGUACCUGCUGAGGCCGGGGGACUACAGGCGCUACCACGACUGGGGGGCCAUGGAUGCCAAAGUUGGCUCUCUGAAACGGGCCAUCGAUUUGUACUAGGCUGUGCUUUUCUUUUGUUAUGAUCCACAUAGAAACACAAUAAAUGUGCAAAUUGUGUUCCUGGCA